ACUAUCCCAUAAAAAAAAAAAAUAUGCAUCUUUGCUAAUAUAUAUAUAUAUAUAUAACACAGAAGCCACAUUUUAAGUACUCAACAAUAGACGCUACCUACUGCUACCAUGGUUCACUUGAUUUCCAAAUGCUUGGUGAAAGCCAGCCCACCACCAAAGCACCCAGCCGGCCAGAAAUGCCACUUAGCCACAUGGGAUCUAGCCAAGCUCUCUUCUAACUACAUCCAAAAGGGCCACCUGUAUGCCUAUGUCCCUGCCACCAUUUCCAUUGACAACAUAAUCCACAACCUCAAAACCUCCCUCUCUACCACGCUCCACCACUUCUAUCCUCUGGCCGGCCGUUUUUCUACUCAAUAUGAACUUGACAGCGAUGGCAAGGUGACUGGCACGUUUGUGUUCAUCGAUUGCAACAAUGAAGGAGCCGAGUUUGUUCAUGCCGAGGCUAAGUCAAUCUCAGUGGAGGAUGUUCUUGCACCUAAUUCUGAUGUCCCUACCUUUAUCCAGUCUUUUUUCCAGCUUGAUGGUGCUAGUAACUAUGACGGUCAUUCUUUUUCUCUGGUAGCUGUUCAGCUAACAGUACUAGCUGAUGGUAUUUUCCUCGCUUGCUCUUUCAACCAUGCAGCUGCAGAUGGCACUUCUUUCUGGCAUUUCAUGAACACAUGGGCGGAGAUCUCCCGCACAAAAACUACUGUUCCGUCUAGACCUCCCGUUCUUGGUCGAUAUUUCAUGGAUGGAAUUAAGCCUCCAUUAAAACUACCCGUUUCUUACGAGUCUGAUUUCAUUGACAGGUUCUCUCCUCCGCCUCUCCGAGAGAAAAUUUUUCACCUCACCUCAGAAGCCAUAGCAAAACUGAAAGCAAAAGCCAAUGAAGAGAGUGGGACGAACAAUAUAUCUUCGUACCAGUCCAUCAGCGCACUGAUAUGGCGAUGCAUCAGCCGUGCCCGCCGUCUCCCGGCAGAUAAACUGACCACCUGCCGUGUGUCAAUUCAGAACCGUACGAGGCUUCAACCACCUCUAUCUCCAAACUAUUUCGGCAACUCCUACAACGUGCUCUCCAUGACAGCGACAGCAGGGGAGCUUCUUGGGAAUGGGAUUGGGUGGGCCGCUGGGAGGAUCCAUGAAGCAGUGGUAGCACACAAGGAUGACACCAUUCGUGGGAUUAUGAGAAAUUGGAUGGAGUCUCCAGUGUUUUCUAAGCUGAGCUUGGUUGAUGAGUCCACUGUGGCGAUUUCGAGUUCACCUAGGUUUGAUAUGUAUGGGUGUGAAUUUGGAUGGGGCAAGGCUGUGGCACUGAGGAGCGGGAGUGCUAAUAAGGUUGAUGGGAAGGUGAUGUAUUACCCUGGUUGGGAAGGAGGUGGUAGUGUUGACUUGGAGGUUUGCCUUCUUCCAAAGUUCAUGACUGCCCUUGAAUCUGAUCCGGAGUUCAAGGAUGUCGUUUCUCCUGCCGUGCCUCUGCACUUGCCUUAGGAUGUUCAAUUGAACGGCUCAAGUUUGGUAUUUGAAUGGUUUAAAUGUAAUAAUAAUUAACUGUUAAAUAAACAAUAAAUAUAUGUGGAUCAAGUAUCACGUCCAUAGAGUGGCGUCAAACUAUCGAAGCAUAUAAUUAAGUGGAGCAGUUAAUGAAAGUUUGUUUUAUUUUUUAAAAUACCUUAUGAUAUUACAACUAGCACAUAAAAUUGUUUUUUAAUGGUCAGUUUAACUAACUAUUUUAUCAAGUUGCUAAUGCUACUUUUUUCCAAUCAUCUAAGAUGUUUGUUCAAA